CGGACUGCGCAGUCCUUAGCCGUCCAGUGCUCGUGGAACACGUCGCGUUUUGUCUAUUAUUGAGACAAAUGUCGCUCUCCAGUUUCGCUAUGCGUACAUCUUUCUCCGUAGUAUCACUUUUCAUUUUGCUAAUAGUUUCCUGUAACCGAGCAACUUCUUUACCGAGACGCUCCCGUUCCGCUCUACAGUUGCCAAGAGAUUCUUCUAACAACGUGUUCUUUUGCUUCAGUUCCUCCAAUUCCGGGCAGUCUUGAUUGCUUGUAGGAGGUAAAGUGGUUUGGUUUUUGCGGUUCUAUUUCAGGUGGGUUUCGCAGUCAGCAGUUUCGUCAGUACAACAGUGCACUUUCAGUUGUAAGUACGUAAUGUUUCGUUACAAAGACCUAUGUCAAGACAACGUGAAGCGAUUUGAGACACCGUUCAAUGAAAAUUUCGUGGAAGUACAUUUAACCGAUGUAUCGGUUAGUCCCACUGGAGACCGAACAUGGUCUCCUGUCCACUGUAUCUUACCGAAGCGAUACAAACAUUUCGCAGAGCGCAUACGAAACUUAACCAUCUACGAAGAUGACGUAUGGAUUGUAACAUUCCCCAAGGCAGGAACGACGUGGGCCCAGGAGAUGUUAUGGUUGAUCGACCAUGAUCUAGAUUAUGAAAAGGCUUCCUCAGUCAACUUACAAGAACGAUCAGUUUUUCUGGAAGUGUUUGCAUUCGUCACCAACAUAGAUCUGCCAGACACGAUUGCUUUAGUGGAGAACAUGCCGCGUCCAAGGCACAUCAAAACUCAUCUUUCUCUAGCACUGCUUCCCAAAGACCUGUGGAUAGUGAAGCCAAAAGUUGUGUACGUGGCACGCAAUCCGAAGGAUGUUACCAUCUCGUUCAUGCACCACUACAAGUACAUGCAUGGAUUCAAGGGCUCGCAGCAGGAUUUUCUCGACGGCAUCCUAAUGGAUCAGUUGAUUUACUGUCCGCAGGUGCGGCACGCUACCGAGUUCUGGCGCGUGGCGAAACUCCACCACGUGCUAUUUCUACACUUCGAAGAUAUGAAGCGGAGCAUGGCGGAUGUUCUGGAAAAAGUUUGUAAGUUCUUCGGAAAAUCGUUCACCGCGGAAGAAUUGGCGCACCUGGAGAAUCAUCUAUCAUUUGAUGUGAUGAAAGAGAACAAAGCAGCAAACAAUCAACAAUUAGUUGAAUCCACAACGGAAGCGAUGGGUAUUCCCCCACAUAAUCACAAGUUCAUGCGUAAUGGACAAGUUGGGACUUACCAGAGGGAAUUACAACGAGAAUAUUUGGAUAAAUUGGACGAGUUCAUCGCGAAACAAUUGGGUGGCACAGAUUUCAAAUAUGGAAUAUGAAUAGCGUGGAGGGAAUAUAAUUUAUUAGAUACGACAAUAUAUAAUUAAACACCUAA